AUGGCCGACAUCAAAGAAGAAGGUGGCAAGCGCAAAGCCGAGGACGAACCCUCGUCGCCCGCCGCAUCUAAGCGAGUUAAGCAAGACGAAGACAGCGUCGAGGAAGAAGCAGAGGAGAAGUCCGCCGAGCUGAAGCUGAUUCCGUUUCCCGAAAAGCCCGCCGUCCUUGAGGAGCGCAAUGGCGAAAUCGAAUUUCGCGUCGUCAACAACGACAACGAGCGCGAGUCCCUCAUCAUCCUCACCGGCCUCAAGUGCAUCUUCCAGAAGCAACUCCCCAAAAUGCCCAAGGACUACAUUGCGCGACUCGUCUACGAUCGAACCCAUCUGUCCAUCGCCAUCGUCAAGAAGCCCCUCGAAGUCGUGGGCGGCAUCACCUACCGACCCUUCAAAGGCCGCCAGUUUGCCGAAAUCGUCUUUUGCGCCAUCAGUUCCGACCAACAAGUCAAGGGAUACGGUGCGCAUCUCAUGUCCCACUUGAAAGACUACGUAAAGGCUACCAGCGACGUCAUGCACUUCUUGACGUAUGCCGACAACUAUGCGAUUGGUUAUUUCAAGAAACAGGGUUUUACUAAAGAAAUCACCCUCCCCAAGCACGUUUGGAUGGGAUACAUUAAAGAUUACGAGGGCGGGACGAUUAUGCAGUGCUCCAUGCUGCCGCGCAUUCGAUAUCUGGAAAUGGGCCGCAUGCUCCUUAAGCAGAAGGAAUGCGUCCAGGCCAAGAUUCGAGCCUACUCCAAGUCUCACAACAUCCAUCCGCCCCCAAAGGAGUGGAAGAAUGGCAUCCGGGAGAUCAACCCCCUCGAUAUCCCCGCCAUUCGGGCAUCUGGAUGGUCUCCUGAUAUGGACGAGCUUGCUCGCCAGCCUCGUCACGGACCAAACUACAACCAGCUCCUCCACCUGCUCAAUGACCUCCAAAAUCACAACUCUGCAUGGCCGUUCCUCGUCCCGGUUAAUAGAGACGAUGUUGCGGACUACUACGACGUGAUUAAGGAGCCCAUGGAUCUUAGCACCAUGGAGAGCAAGCUCGAGGCAGACCAAUAUGCCACUCCCGAGGACUUUAUCAAAGACGCCAGGCUCAUCUUCGACAACUGUCGCAAAUACAACAACGAAAGCACGCCUUACGCCAAGUCGGCCAACAAGCUCGAACGUUUCAUGUGGCAGCAGAUCAAAGCCGUGCCUGAAUGGUCGCAUCUCGAGCCGGACAAAUAG